AUAGACAAUAAUGUCAAAAGACCUCGAUAUUGUUGUAUUUGGUGCAACAGGCUUCACUGGCAGAUUUGUUGUUGAGGAAAUAUGUCGCACAGCAAAAGAAGUACAUAAACUUAAAUGGGCAAUAUCUGGUCGUUCCGAACAACGACUUCUCGAGGUUGCGAAUAUAAUAAGCAUAUCUAAUAAUAAUAAUGUACGUCAACCGGAAGUUAUUGUGGCUGACGUUUCCAAUCCAGAAACAUUACAUUCAUUGGCUAAGAGAGCUAAAGUUUUCAUUGAUUGCGUUGGGCCCUUUCGUUUAUAUGGUGAACCUGUUGUGAGAAUCUGCAUAGAAAACAACACGGAUUAUAUUGAUAUAUCAGGUGAAGUUGAAUAUAUUGAACGAAUUCAGUUAACAUAUGAUGACUCUGCAAGAUCAAAAAAUGUAUCCAUUAUUCCUGCUUGUGGUUAUGAUAGUAUUCCUGCGGAUAUGGGUCUACUAUUUACUAAACAGCAGCUAGAUGUUAAGGGUGCAAUUCCCUCUCAAAUCGAAAUACUUUCCGGAUUUCGUGCAGGCAGUGCUGGAAUGCGCGCAAAUUACGGAACCUAUGCUUCACUUGUAUAUAGCAUUUCUAAUGUUAAUAGCCUUCGUGAGCUAAGAAAACAUGCUAACCGUCCAAUCGUAUCUAAAAUUGGUCCUAAACUUAACUUGUUACCGUCUAGAAAAUUUGAUAAUCGCGUUAAUGGAUAUAUUAUUCCUUCUAUCACUACUGAUCACUCUAUUUUAAAACUAGGACAACAAUUAGAUAUUAAGUUUAAUACUGGUGUUCUUCCUGCUCAAAUUUCUUCGUAUCUUGUCUUCAACAGGUUCAGAUAUAUUGCAAUGAUGAUGCUUGGUGGUUCAAUGUUUAAAUUUUUAACAAAAUAUGAAUGGGGAAGAAAUUUACUUCUUAAAUACCCAAAAUUCUUUAGUUUCGGACUUUUUUCAAAAGAUGGACCUACACUUGAACAAAUUCAACAGUGUAGCUUUUAUCAUCGUUUUUAUGCUAAAGGAAUUUCUAAAAAUAAAUUGAAUAAUGAAGAUAUGGAAUUAGUUAAAUCUAUUAAUUCUAUAGAGCAUGACAAACCUUUAUCUAUAUUAUCUCAUUUACAACCAGAUAUUGAAAUUGUAACUGAAGUCAAAGGGCCUGAAGCGGCUUAUGUAACAACUCCGAUCACAGUUGUUCAAUGUGCUUAUACUUUAUUAAAAGAAAAACCAAAUAUUCCUAAUGGUGUUUGUACGCCAAGUGUUGCAUUUGGAAAAACUUCUUUAUUGCAAAGACUGAAGGAUAAUGGGAUUGAAUUCAAUGUAGUUGAAGGUCAAUUUUAUUAGGAAAUAUGAAAAUUCAUAUUAAGGAAAAUUCAUAUAAUCUAUUAUAAUUUAAUAAUAUUAUAUAUUAAAGUAUUGUCAAAAAAAAUGUAUAUUAUUAUUUGUAAAUAUGUAACAACA